AUGUUCUACUCGGAGACUCUCCUCUCCAAGACCGGCCCUUUGGCCAGGGUCUGGCUGUCUGCCAAUAUUGAGCGCAAGCUCUCCAAGAACCAUAUCCUGCAAACCAAUGUAAAGGAUAGUGUCGAAGCUAUUGUUACCCCCAAUCAAGCGCCAAUGGCUCUGCGACUCAGUGGGCAACUUCUGUUGGGGGUGGUCAGGAUAUAUAGCCGGAAAGCGCGUUAUUUACUCGAUGAUUGCAAUGAGGCACUCAUGAAAAUCAAGAUGGCCUUCCGUCUCUCUGGCAAUAACGAUAUUCCUGCUGGCCUCCACAUGCCCUCUCGCGAUGCUCUCAUGCUCCCAGAUGUUCUCACUGAGGGUGAUAACCUCGAAAUGCCACCAAUGCCAGACGCGUCCUUCCUUCUCUCGCAGGUCGGUGAUGAGUCGCACGUUGGACGCAAACGUCGAGCUGGAAGUCGCGACAUCAAUCUACAAGAAGACUUCAAUGGUAGCCAAUUUCUACAAAACAGCAUUGAAAACCAGGACGAGGACCUUGUGAUGGAACCGUUAGAUGAUAUGGACUUGGGAUUGGAUUUCGGUCUCGAUAUUGAUGAUUUCAAUCCCAAAGCUAACCAGAGUAUUGAAAUUGAAGUCAACCAAAGUAUUGAAAUUGGACGAGAUGCUCCAGCUGCUCGUGCUACAGAGGAUGAUAUAUUUAGUGAACAUGAUGCUACAAUACUCGCAAAGGACAACCUUGAUGCAGGGGCAGAGAGAGACACGUCUUUGAACCUUGGUUUUGCGGACGAUGACGGUGGCGCCAUCCAUAUUGAUGAUGACGGUAACGUUGACAUGUUCGAUAUUGGAGACCAACCCGACUUGACUGGUCUUCCUCCAGCCCCCCUUAUCCGCCCGGAAAGAAUCUCCGAGUCGCCGCUUUCAGAUAUCGAUGACAACGUCGCCGCAGAGCUUGAGGCUGGCCACCAUCAGGCCAAUCGAAGCCUGUACGAGCCUGAAGAUGUUGAAGAGGAGACAAUUAUUCGCAACCCCGCACAGCGUUCAAGAAAGCAAAAGCUACUUCACCCAGAUUCCGAGACUACACAGCCAACCCGACAAAUCAAAGAGCAGCAACAACAUCACGACAAAAUCCUGCGACCACAAUCAUUCCUCCCCCGUGAUCCUGAGCUCCUUGCUUUAAUGGAGAUGCAAAAGAAUGGUGGAUUUGUCUCAAGUAUUAUGGGCGAUGUUCGAAGUAUGGGAUGGGCACCAGAACUCAGAGGUAUGCUUUCUCUCGACGCUGUCCGUAGCUCUGGUGAACUUAAGCGAAAGCGCGACAGCGGCAUCGCCGAUAUGGAAAGUGGCGAUGAAAACCGAAAUAAGUCCCCACGUCUUGACCUAGGCGAGGAAGAGGAAGACAUCGGUGCAGGACUAAAUGAUGCUGGUCUGGGCCGCCAAAGCAUCUCGCUCGCUCCAGACGCUACAGUUAUUGAGAUGGCUGCCGACGAAGAGGGGUUCAUGCAAAAUAUUGAGGAUGACGAGCAGAACGCUGGCGCCGGCCUUGAAGCUGAAUCACCUGGUCCAAACUUCGAUGAGACUACCGCACCACUUGUUCACCCUGCUGAUAGCGGACCUGUCUCGCUAGGUACCAAGCAUGCAGUUCAUCUAUUACGGGACCGCUUCGGCGCUGAAGCUGCAAAUAGCCCAGACAAGCGGAAGAAGGCCAGCAUACUCUUCCAAGACCUUGUACCUGAAAAGACAACCAGCAGAGCCGAAGCCACAAAGAUGUUUUUCGAGGUAUUGGUCUUAGCUACAAAAGAUGCCGUCAAGGUCGAGCAAUCAGAAUCGUUACUUGGUGGCCCGAUCAGGGUACGCGGCAAGAGGGGUCUAUGGGGUGAUUGGGCAGAGACAGGAGCAGGUGGUGAAAUUGCUGCUGAAGAAGAAGAGGUUAUUGCUGGUCCUUCUCAUGGUCUUGAGCGCUCUAUGGCCGUUUCCGUUGCUGCAUGA